UAACAUACGAUUGGCAGAAAAAUUGUCAGUUUUCUUAUUGCUCUGGAUGCUUUAAAUCCACACCCUCAAACUGUGAUUCAGCAAAUUCCCAGAGAACCCUGGUCUGAAACCCGGGUUCCUCCUUGUCCUGUCCUGCCAGGGGUGGAUUUCCCCUAGAGAAACCAAUGAACAACAGCUCAUUUAUUUAUGUAUGUGGUGAGGAGGAAACUUGCUCCACUGUCUCUCCACCUCUUCCUGCAAAAUGUUAGCUCUCUUUUGCACCAAUCAGUUCAGGUCAUGAAUGAAAAUGGAAUUGAGCGGCAGCGGAGCUGGGGUAUAGAAACUGCUGUUUUCAGCAUCACUCCCUGGCUCUGCUCCACACCUCAUAAAUAAUACCUCUCACUUAAUUUUAGCUGCAGAGAAGCAAAAGCAAGCUGCCUGUGUCUUUCUUCAGCAAACCUAAGGUGCUCUUUCAGAGAGGCAGGACGGAGCACUCUGUUAUUAACUGACAUCAUCGAGGAAAUACACUUGCUUUUUAUUUUUUUGGCUGCAUUUUUUUUUUUUUUGUUUGCCACAGUUGCGGCAGUAUCUUGAUGGGGAAGCUGAUCUCCAAAGGCUGGAAAAAAAGAGAUGCUCAAGUUGUCAUGCUGGGGCUCGACUUUGCUGGCAAAUCCACCCUUCUCUACAAACUGAAGAGCGGCCAGGCUGUGGAGACCUGCCCGACAGUGGGCUUCAACGUGGAGUCUCUGCAAACACCCUGUGGCAUAUCCUUCACCCUCUGGGAUGUUGGUGGACAAGAGAGCCUGCGGGUAAGCUGGCCUGACUACCUGGAGGACAUCAACACCCUCGUCUUUGUGAUCGACAGCACAGACGUGGCUCGGCUGUCCGAAGCGACGGCAGCACUGGAGGAAGCCCUGAGCCACCCCAGCAUGGCUGGCAUCCCUGUCCUCCUCCUGGCCAACAAGCAGGAGGUGCCGGGAGCACUGGCUCCUGCUGAGCUGGGGGAGAUGCUGGGGCGAGGGCGGCUGGCAGGGCACCGCUGGAUGCUCCGGGGGUGCAGUGCCCACACCGGCCAGGGCCUGCAAGAAGUCCUGGCUGUCCUGGGAGAGCUGCUGCGGGACCCAGAACCGAGCUCCCUAUCCCAAGAACAGCCCAUCACAAGGCUGGCGGAGAGGAGGGAAGCUCCAGGACAAACCUGAAACUCAAGCGGACCCUUCCCACUCAUCACUGCCAGCAGCUUUGUCACAGAGGAUUCCAGUCUUCAUGGACACUCUAAAAUGAGCAGACCUGUAGCUGGGACACACUGUGAAACACCCAGCUGCUCACCACUGAAAACCACCAGGAGAACGUCUGAGCAAAGCUCCCAUCGAGGAGCAGGUUUGGCCUCAUCUCUUGGACUCUCAUCACUGGCUGCAGCUUGUCCCACUGUCACCAUGUUCUGCUCAUCCACUGCACGUGUGUGUCUGGAGCUUCAGCAGGGAUGCUUUUUGCCAGAGCAAUAUAAAUUAUUUAUAUAAAUUAUAACAGAGACAUGUACAAAAGAGGUUUUCUUCUUUCUGCAGCUCCCAGCCCAGAUGCAGCCAUCCAGAUGGGGUAAUUCCCACACCAGCGGAGCUUAAACAUGUCCCAUGCUGCUUCUUUCUCAACAUGAAUCACAUGUUCAUUGGCUGGGAAAGCAGGCAGACACUAAAAGGAAUGGCUGGAUGGGAGCAGCGUAAACUCAGGACUUCAAAUGGCUAAACAGCUAAUUGGCUUUAGUGUGGCAUCUGUAGGUAUAAUCUUCAAACCAUGGAAGCAAGUCAGGAUUCAAUGGUGUGUUGCGGUUUGAGGAUGUGUAUAUAUUAAUUUGCAUUUCUUAUAAUGUUUCCUUCUUUUUCCAUUCAUUAUUUUUUGUCAAAUACUGAUUUCAUGACAAUGGUACCUCAUUUUCCUAUUAUAUUUAAAUAUAAAGACAUCAGACCUGACUUUUAGAUGCUUGCAAACAUGUCUGCAUGGCCAGUUAACCUCUAAAUAUCCUCAUGGUAGCCUGAACAGCCAAGAAAAACCCUGUCUCUCAGACUUUUUGAAACUGCAUGAGCCCACUCCAUCUGCACUGGUUCAUAACCAUGGGCACCUAUAGGCACAGGCAGGUUGGUAAUCAAAGGUCUCUCCACACUGUGUUUUGCCUGGGGCAGAUGAAAAUGCCCCUGGCAGCUCACGACAGGACAGGGUCCUGCGUGGCACUGAUGGUCUUUGUCCAAUCCUGCUCAGCCUACCAUUGGAAAAACCUGUAAAAUGUGUGCCCUGUAUCCAAAAUUCUGUCAUCCAGGAUUAAAAUUAAGAUAUUUCAUAGUAGUCCCUGCCUUAUUACAAAAUGAAUAGGGGAAGGGGAUAGAUAGACCACAAAAUUUCCAUUUCUGUUUCUAUUCAGAAGUCAGCUGCUUUCAAGGAACAACAUAUUCAACCUAGAAACACCAAGGAGAA